AUGCCACCCAUCAAAAGCCGACAUCGUCUCUGGAUACGAUGCGGCGGCGAGACGUCCACAGAGGAGCCCGUCGCGCUGCCCAGCGGGAACAGGCUUUCCCCAAGCCCCCCCACCUUCAAACUCCUGGCCGUGACGACCGUCAAACGCGCGCCGGUUGCCUAUGGUUUCCAGCCGGUGGCAACGUCAUCCGCCGACAGCGGCAGGUUGCCGGUUCACUCAUCGUCGAUGCUCAUCAUCGACGGCCUCCUGGGCUGGGCAUGA